AUGGAUCCCAUCGAGCCGGCCGGGGACCCCGAGCGCUCGCAGGGGCAACCCACAGAGCCCACCGAGUCUCCGCCUACAAGGCCAGGCCCAUCUACGCUGCGCACACGAUCCAGCUCACGAACGCGACGACCGAGCAUCCGUCUGUCCCGCUUCCCUUCCAUCCCUCAAAUAAACACCGAGAACCUACCGGCGGACCAGACACCUGCCAUCGAACGACAGGCCAUCCAGUCUCCUCCUCCCAGGGAAGAGGAUGAAGUCUCACCCCACGGCCGAAGGCGUAGCAGCUCGGAGCCAAGACCGGGGCGCUGGUCCUCCCCUCCGCCAGAUGUUCUCUCGAGGGUAGCGACACCCGGGCGCAUGAUGCCAGUCACUGAGGAGUCAUCGCGCCCAAGCCUGUCAGUGACCUCUCCGCCACCGGUCCACCUCGCCCAGGAGGAUGGAGGAGACUACUUCCAGUCGACCGAAACAGAACAACCAGAGGCACCUGCUGCGGUAGCACGGCCCCCGGGUCGGCUUCGACGGGCAAGCCAAUCUGCGAUGAAUCGCUUCUCGCGAAACCGGGCUUCAACGGUCACGGGUGUCCCACCGACGCUUUCGCAACAAAAUGAAGAACCGACGAAUGAGUAUGGGUCCCAUGUGGUGGAUGUGCUAGAUGUGAUCGACCCCGAGGUCUCGGCGCUAUCCACUCUUACCAAUGUGCAGAACUCUUUGUUCAUUCCGAAUUUGGGUGGCUUCAUCAAUCGUAUGCCCACAUAUACCAUCACCCGACCGCAAUACUCCUCGGAUGAAGAGCAGGGAACCACAACGGAUGAGGGUGACCUGUCUGAGGAGGCGAAGCUCAAGCAACGUCCGACUCUUGAACAACUCCGCCCAUUAACGAGCAUGUCGUCUGUACACCGUGGUCCCCGCUACGCUAUUCUGCCCGAGGGUCAUGGGCUUGAGGGAUGGACGAGAGAGGACUUUGCUGAGUUGAACGAUCACGUUCGACACAUGCUUCACUCUCGACGUUCCAAGUUCAAACGCUCCAUGAAAGGCUUCGGACAGUAUGUGCGGAAGCCGCUUGGUUUCCUUGUCACAUUGUACGCAACCUUAAUCACACUUUUCGGUCUGGCUUGGGUACUUUUCUUGAUUGGCUGGAUCAAUGUGGGCGGAAAACAACUAUACGUUAUCAACGUCAUUGAUAACGUUCUGGUCGCCCUGUUCGCCAUUAUGGGUGAUGGACUUGCUCCUUUCCGUGCCGUUGAUACAUAUCAUAUGAGUUUCAUCGCCCACUACACACUUUUGACAUGGAAGCUUCGUCGGAAGAGAGCUCUACCGAGCCUCAAGGAUAAGAACGAUCUUCCUUCGAAGCCGGAGAAGGAUGUGGACGUGGAAUUCGGAGACACCCCCAAGGAGGAUGAACACGAAUUCUCUGUCCUCGAUGCUCGCCAACAGCUUCGAUUGAUGCAUCAUCAGAAAAAGUUCGCCAAGUCGCACACUUUCUACAAACCUCACGAAACCUAUACACACCACGCUUUCCCUCUGCGCUUCCUCAUCGCCAUCGUCGUCAUCCUCGACAUGCACUCCCUGCUCCAAAUGGCUCUUGGUGCCUGCACGUGGAGUAUGGAAAAACCUGGAGAGCGAUCCCAAACUCUCACCACCGUUAUUCUGUGCUGUUCCAUCACUUGUAACAUCACCGGUGGUAUACUAAUUAUGAUCGGUGACCGUCGCACGAGAAAGAAGGACGUUGUCGAGCGCCUCUUCCGCCAGGAACUCACCCAGGAAGCCAUGAAGAAGAUGGAAAAGAAGAAAGUCAAGGAAGAGCGUCGCAGUAUGCAGGCAGAGCGCUCCAGCAUGCAAGUCGAUCGCCCUAGUACCCAGAUUGAGCGUAAAAGCGCUCAGAUCGACCGCAAGAGUGCUCAGAUUGAGCGUCCACAGCCUUACAAUGGCACUUGA